GAUUUCCGAUUGGCUGCAGCUGGUUCCCUGAUUGUUAAUGAAGCUGAUUACAGAGAAGCUGGAGGUCAUUGAUCAGCUCUCAUCCAGCAGUGAUGGAGGCAGACUGUGCGGCUCUCAGCAGGUCCGCUGUGCUCGCGCUGUGUCUGCUCGGCGUGCUCGCGCUGGAGUGUCAUUACUGCCCCCUGCAGGCCGCGGGGACGCGCUGCAACAUCACCACUGAGUGCCACGCGCACGAGCGCUGCUCUACGGGCUGGAGGCGUUACGGGCGCGUGCACGUGCUCGCCGUCCAGGGCUGCGCGUCCCCGGAGCUCUGCGCUUCGAACCAGACUCUCACACAUAAAGGCAUUGAAUAUGAAAUCACCUACACGUGCUGCUGCCGCGAUCUCUGCAACACUGCUAAAGCGGAGAACCUCCUCCAGCAGCUGACCGGGGCUCCCAUCAGUCCGGCAGGGGACACCUGUCCUGAGGACUGACAUCUCUCUCACACACACACACACACACACACACACACACACAGAGCUGUCCUGAGCACGUGCACAUGAUUGCUUGUAUUAGUAUGAUGAGGAUUUUAUUAAUACCAGCUCAGACUGGCUGUGAUGGACUGUCCUUUUUUCACUCAAACUGGUUUUCAGUCUGGAAACUGUUGAACAUUUGUAAAAAUGAAUAAAUAAAGCAUGUUUUCAUUGUCUACUUUUA